UCUUGAGGCGUCUGCGCCAAGCAGAUACCCGGGUACGAUUCAUCAUGGAUCCUACAGCCCCCGUCACUCCUUUCGACCUGCGCGAGCGCAAGCGUCGACAUGCGCGCGUCUGGGUUCGCUCAACGACUCUCAUCAUUUCGACGGCUUCUCUGAUCGUAGCCAUCCUGGGAAUGAUUCAGUAGGCCUGGUACUUCAAUGCCAUCAUGUCCAUUGCAGUUGUUAGAAGCCCUUCUCUCGUUCAAUCUGUUUCUCAGCCUUUUGCUGCAGCCGUGGCAUGGGAAAUAGCCGACCUCAUAACUUACUGCGUCAACAAACGGGGAAUUCAUCCAGGAGCACACGUCGGCGUGGAACUUGUACUAUGGCUAGCAAUGAUAAUCUGCACCGUCUUUUGGGGCAUCAACGGAGCUUUUUGGGAUACCUACGACUACAUAACUAGUUCUUAUAGUUUCGCUCAUAAUGGGAUUGCAAUUGCAGCUGUAAUUACAGAGGCGCUGUCGACAAUAUUCCAUUUUACCCUCUUCGUCUGGGCCUGCGUCGACACCGACCGCCGCCGUAAAAUGCGCUACGCCGAGAUGGCCGCCAUGGCAAACCAAGCGCGUAUGAGCAUGGCUGCCGCCACCAUAGGCGGCAAUACUCCCUACAACUAUCCGCCCCCGCCACCAGGAAUGGCGUAUCAACUGGUUUCUGCCCCGCGACCAAAUGGACAACAACCGCAAGUGCAAGGUGGAACGCAACAGAGUGCGCAAUAUUCACAGGCUCCAUCACAAGUCCUCCAGCAGUAUGAUCAAAGGAACAGUAACGGAUCGCCUCUACUACAGUAGCGGAUUCAGAGCUUCCACUCGUCGCUGGUUUAUCCGCCCCAGUAUGCGAAUGUGUCAGAGAUCGACCAGG